AGCGACAGCACUCUGCUCACGAUUCUUGAAUCUCUCGUCAACCCUUGACUCUUAAAGCUGGCAAUUUGGCAAUGUGAAAUCUUGGUCCCUUGUCUGUCGUUUCAAGCUACUUUGCCAUUCUCUGCCCUCCUCCACUCUCCACCCACCGCCUUCCUUUGCUCUCUGGCCACGUUCUGUCACCAUGGCCACCAACGCCACUCCUCCUGGCGUUAUCGAUCCGACCAAGCCAGGCAAAUACCCUGUCAUUCUCAGUGACGCCCUGAAGGGCAAGUCGUCCAAGGAGAUCCUGACCGCCAUUAGAUACAACCACAGACCCAAUCUCUCCACCGACACUGCGCCGGGCGCCGCCAAAAUAAAACCCGUUCUCUCUUCCUCCACUUCCUCGUCGUCGUCGUCGUCCUCCUCAUCCUCCAGCGCGGCCUCCUACGACCUCACGUAUACGGACGGUGGCGGCAAGUAUGCCUACAACGGUAGUCGAGCAACAAAGGACAAGAAAUAUGUCCUUAUCUUUGAUCCGGAGCGCAAAGCCUUCGUGCUACACCGCGUCGACUCGACCUUUAACAUGAACCUGACACGAACACCUUCGAACAAUAACGCCGAGAACCUGAAGCAGAAAUACCCGCACCUCGAGGGUAGUGCGAAGGCACAGUCAGGUGCAAAGGCAUCGUCGACAAUAGACAACGAGGGCUUCCUCAAGCCUCCUAUUCCGGUGAACAAGUUGAACAAGCCAAAGAACCCAGUCAAGAGCGCGGGCAUGGUACAGAGCAAGAGACCCAGCGCCACAGCAUCAGCACCAGCAACAGCGGCGGCAAAAUCCUCAGGGCCGAAGGCGGAGCCCGCCAAGGAGAAAAAGAAGAAGGAAGACCCAAAACCGAAGGAGACAAAACUGAAAGAGCCAAAAUCAAAGGAGUCAAAAUCGAAAGAGUCAAAAUCCAAGGAGCCGACACCAAGGCGUCCACGCUCUCCCGUCGACUCAGAAGACGACAACUCGGAAGACGAAUCCGGGCUGCUGGUGGAGUGGCCGGAUCCACAGCCCUCGACGGUCAGGCCUGUCCCUGUCGCUGCACCCUCGACCACGAUCCGCCGCUUCUCGGAGUUUAUGGCAAACCAGGCCAAGUCCGGCGACGACUUCGAUGAUGAUCCCGACGCGGAAGGAGAAGAUGAUGACUUGUUGAUCAUUGAGGAUCCUGCGGUUGAGGAUGACCCGCGCCCCACGUUCAAGCUGCCGAGCCCGGUGGGCAGGCAGAAUCCCAUGGCUGAGAGCCCCACGCCGAUGCUUGACGUUGUCGACGAGGACGAGCCGCCCGUGGACGAGGAGCUUGAGCUUGAGGAACUUCUGGAGCGGGAGAUGGGCGUGGCCAUGGAUGUUGACUCGGAGAGUUCCGUGAGUGAAGAGGAAUAAGUAAGGGGACUAUCGCUUGUCUGGUGUUUCCUGGACCUUGCGUUGAACGUACUAUAUCAUGUGGUGAUUGAUGAUCUUCGUCCAUGGCGUUUUGGUCUUGCGCUUUUACAGGUCACUCUCUGUGAAUCGGAGUAAGGCCUGUACAUGGGUGACUUGUACUUUCUCAUUUAUAUGCUGAAAGAACCCCAAUGGUGGAUUAUGAAAGCCG